AUGAGCGCCCAGCUCGCCUCGCUCGGCUGGGCUGAAUUGGAUGACGUCGGCUCUCCACACAGCCACGACGGACGUCUGGCGGCGUCUUCCACCGCGCGCGUCUUCUCAACGCUCCAAGCGUGCCGCCUCGCUUGCGCCCGCCUGUCGCCCGUUCCGUCGCCUAUUGGGUCGCAGCCGAAACUUUAUCGCGUGCAUGACGCAGCCCUCGACGCGCUGGCCCUGGCGGUUUCUGCUGCGUUUUUUGCCACCGAGAUCAUCGCUUACGUACACCGCGCGCGUCCUCCGACGAAUCAUCCGCCGCAUCUGCCUCCUCCUCCGGUCCUCUGCUCGCUCGCACCCAAUCACCGCCAGACGCUGCUUCGCUCGCUAGCGCAAUACGCGCGCGCGUCGAAACGGUGCUCCGCGAGGCGACUCCGGACUCGACCAAUCACCCGACAAUCUGCGCUGCAUUGCGUCAUCCCUGCGUAG